AUGGGGGAGGACACCUCCAUGUCGGACUACACGUGCUCAGAGGACGAGGGCGCCUCCGGGCGCCGGCUGGGAGCUGCGGGCGCCGCGUGCAGCGAGGACGCCGCAAGACAAAACAAGGGAGGUAAGCCGCGGUCAGCGGGCAUGACAUUAAGGUUCCGAACGGGAACGACCCAUAAACGGCCGUUGGCCGCUACAUCCGCAGAUGAGGACGCCCCGGCCGUGGCGCAUAAAGUGGCCUCCUCUUCGACGAGGGGCCGCGUUAGGCGCCCGGUAGGGGUAUACAGCUUCCUCAAGGAGGCAAAGGACUACCUGGCUGAUGGGGGGGAUAGUGAGGGGGAGGACCCCGACCCAAGCUACCGUCCACACGGGAGGAUGACGAGCCCCAAAAUGGCCUCCGCAAAGGCCCCCGACGACGGGACCCCCGGCGCCCUAUCCAGGGGCACGGUCGACGCCCUCGCCGAGGAGGCUCUCAAAAGUGUAGAGAAGAUUAAGGAGGAGAUUAAGAAGAGCAGCCACCUAAAGGGUACUGUGUGGGGCCAAAUUAACCGGGCCACUAAAUGCGUAGUAGAGGCGGUUGAGGGCCUUCGCGAUAUAACGCCUGAAGAAGAGCAGCGCAGGCUCCGUGCGGACAAUGCUCGCCUAACAAGGGAGCUAGAUAUUGUCCGCAACGAGCUGCGUGCCUUCAAACAGGCGUACGUGGAGUCGCAGCGGAAGUCCGCUGCAGCCCCGAGAGAGGCGACAGGGCCCCAACAGCCCAACUUUGAGGAGGUGCUCAGAUGCGCCAUGGAGGAGAUGAAGGGGCAACUCCUGCAGUCGGUAGGCGGGAUGAUCAAUGCCCGCCUACAAGACCUGGAGAUGCGCCUUCCUCCGGAGCCCGUCAUGAGGCCCCCUCUGCGUGCCGACCAACGGCAGCCGCCGCCGCCCCGUCACAAGUCCCGAUCGGGGCUCGUGGAAGGCGCCAUGGAGGUGGAUGGGGAGGCCCAGCCACCCCAAGCGCCCACACCCAGGGCGGUAAAGAAGGCGCCGAAGAAGGGCGCCGCUAAGCGGCCGACUGCCCCCCCGCCUCCUCCUCCCUCCAAGGGAAAACAGGAGGCAGGACAGGCAGACGCGACUCCUCCCCCCCCAACCGCUGGGACAAGCGGAGAGGGGGAAGCCCAGACGGGGACUGCGGGCAACUCCUGGUCCGAGGUUGUCCGGCGGAAGAAGAGGGGAAAUGCGGCUGUUGCUGCUAAUUCCCCCCCCUCAGCCGGAACAACCCGGCAGAUCGCCCCGGCCCCACCAAAGGCCGUUAAAAUCGUUGCCCCAAAAACUGCGGCCAUAGUGGUGACCCUCAAGAAAGGGGCCACCAUGACCACCGCGGAAGGGGCCACGACUGACGCGAAAUACACCGAGGUCCUGGCAAAGGCCAGAUCCGGAGGUCGGGGGGACCACCCCCGAGGAAACCGCGGACCGCCUCGCCGCCGCCCUGGUGGAGGCAGUAGGGAGCUGGGCGGACAUCACCCGCCCAACCAAAAUGGCCGUCCUCAGGAUCACCGGUCUGGAUGA